AUGGCGUUCGUUCAAAAUUUGGCAACGCAGUCGUGGGUGUACAGGGAGUACACUCACUCUGCUGUGACUGUGCACACUUCAGCCUCCAUCUCGGGCUAUCAGGAACAAACUGUGACCCUUCCGUGUCACCUCUCCAUUUCUGAUCCAAAUGUGAAAGUGGUUUCUAUUACCUGGAAGGAUCCAAACCACAGUAACAUUGCUGUGUACCAUCCUGAGCAUGGGGUCAGUUACCCAGGGGAGGAGAACUCGAGUCGCAUUUACUUCCAAAAUCCUUCGGUAGAGGACGCCACACUGGUGAUAAGAAACUUCAGCAGAAACGACACAGGCACUUAUGAGUGCUCCUGGACGACGUAUCCAGACGGGAGCUUUUCCAGCAAAACAGUGUUGAAGCUUGCAGAUUCUACACCAGUAAUAUUCAGAACAUUCGUCAUCCUUGCGGUGAUCUGUCUGCUGUUGUUGCUUGGCCUGCUGUUAUUAGCAUACGAGGCGGCUAACUGGAUGAGCCAUCACUAUCAAGUUGCUGGGAGGAACUCAACGAGGACGGAUCUGGAUGAGUGCCCCAGUGAAAUUGUGUACACAUCCGUGAAUAUACAACAGCAGAAUGUAAGAACGCCGAAGAAAUAUUGCCGUGAAGAUAAUGUUGAUUCAGAAGACACUGUCUAUAGUGUUCUCAAACACAAAUAGAUUUAUUCCAUUCAUUACGGACUGAUGUGAUGUUUAAAAUUUAGUUUACAGGUAGGUAGUCACAUUAAUGUGUGCGUUUUGAUCACUCAGUGGUCAACCCUAUCAUUGAUGGUGAUAACAUUAUCAUGACUGUCUGUACUUUUUUUAAAGAACCUGUUAGAGAUGUUAUGACAUGCCUCUGGAGCAGGUGGAACUUGAACGCAGGCCUUCUGGCUCACAGAUAGAGACACUACCACCACACCACGAAAGUUGCAAAUUUACACAGAAGCCCACGCACAUCUGAGACCCUAAGAUCACGAGGUCAGCCAACAGAUUCUGUAACCACAUCCCAGAUUGAAAAGCAUGGUAAUACCAGCAGCAGGAAUGACCAUAAGACAGGAGUAGACCAUUCGGCGCCUUGAUCCUGCUCUGCCAUUCAACAGGAUCAUGGCUGAUCCACUUUCCUGCCUUUUCCCCAUGACUCUUGAUUCCCCUGUUGAUCUAUCUCAGCCCUAAAUAUACUCAAGGACUCUGCUCCCACAGCUCUCUGUUGCAAGGAGUUCCAGAGACUCACAACCAUCUGAGAGAAGAAAUUCCUCCUCAUCUCAGUCUUAAAUUGACUCCCCUUUAUUCUGAGACUGUGCCCUCUGGUCCUAGACUCUCCCAUGAGGGGACACAUCCUCUCAGCAUUGACCCUGUCAAGCCCCUUAGGGAUCACAUAUGUUUCGAUGAAAUCACCUCUCAUUCUUCUAAACUCCAGUGAGUAGAGUCCCAACCUGUUUAAUCUUUGCUCAUAAAACAAUCCCUCUGUAAUGGGGAUCAUCCCAGUGAACCUUCUCUGAAUUGUCUCCAAUGAAAUAGUAGCUUUCGUUAAUUAAGGGAGCCAAAACUGCCCACAGCACUCCAGAUGUGGUCUCACCAGCACAUCGAAUGCAACUAUUUCUUUUUGAAGGAUCAUGCAAAUGAUAUAAAUUUAUACUAUGGAAGGAGGUCAUUCUGUUUAUCAUGUAUAUGCCUCUUGAUAACCAGCUAUCUAAUCUGAUCCCACUUCAUUCAGUCCACAGUUUGGUAUGUUACAGCAUUCCAAAUGACUAUCCAAGAGAUUUUUAUUUUAAAUUGUGGCGCUGGUUUGUCCGUUUAUGAUGAUUUCAGGCAAUGAAUCUCACAUUCCUGUCACCCUCUUGCUGCUCCUCAAAUUCACUUGAAUCUUACUCAUUGACAUUUUGUGCCUCGUGGCUCUGCUGAGCUCUGUUAAUGUCAUUAUUAAUAUAUUAUAUUUUGGAAAACAUUAGUGCUAUCCUAUAAAAUAACUACCUUCUAUGUCGAAUGUUGUCUGCCAAAACUGAUUGCAAAUAACAUAUUAACUCAGUUGUAUAUUCCUUUGGAUAUAUAUUAAACUACAAACAUUG